AUGUGUGUGUUUGUGUGGCGGGUGGGAGGUGGCACGACAGCCGACGCAGGAGCCACGGGUGCAGCGGAGACGACUGGUACCGAAGACACUCGUUUCGCCAAGUCCGUGGCUCUCGAUCAAGACCACAACCGAGCUGAUCUGCUGUCUGUGCACGUCGCCAUGUCUUCGGACACGCGGACUCGCCCAGACCUGCAGUCUCGUCCAAUCGUUUAG